AUGGGGGCGGGUUCGAAGAGGCGGGCCACCGGGGCUCAAAACCCUAGCCUCGAGUCCGACGAGGAGGAGGCGCGGCGGGUCAAGGAGGAGCUUGCCGACGACCUCAACGGAUACCCUGCGGAGGAGGAGGAGGAGGACGAGGUUGUCGUGGAGGACGAUGAGGUGGUCAUCCCCUCCGACGACGAGGAGGACGGUGGCGGCGGGGACAUCGUCUUCGUCCCCAACACGCUGGAGGAGGCCCUCGUGCCGCGGGUGGGCAUGGUGUUCGACUCUGUCGACGAGGCCUUCGCGCUAUACAAGGCCUACGCCUACCGCACGGGGUUCCAUGCCGUGCGCCGCACUUGCCACAACUACGAGGGGCAACGCUACCGCUCCACCUUCACCUGCACUUACGGCGGCAAAUCUGGGACGGGCGCUGCCCCAUCUGACGUCACAGGUACCCGCUACCCACACCCGCAGCAAGCGGGGUCGGCUACCAAGGAGAAGAAGUCUCACCGUGGCACCACCACCGAGAAGACGGGAUGUAAGGCGAUGCUGAUCAUCCGGGACAAGCGGGUGGAUGGAAGGUGGAAGGUGGAGUCUGUCGAAUUGGAGCAUAACCAUCCUUGUACUCCAGAUAUGCGUUUUGGGGAGGAUGACCUCAAUUUACUCAAGAAGUUCAUUGAGAAGAUGCAACACAGGAAACCGAACUUUAUCCACAGCUGGGAUCUUGAUCGGGAAAGUCAUGUGAAGAAUUUCUUUUGGACUGAUUCUAGGGCCCAGGCGCAAUACCGCUACUUUGGCGAUGUCAUUACACUUGACGUGAUGUAUUUACAGCACUCACGCGCCAGCCUCCCAUUAGCCACACUCCUUGGGGUGAACAACCAUGGCCACCUUGUGCUUCUUGGCUGUGGUCUCCUGUCCAGCGACAGCAGGGAGAACUAUGUUUGGUUGUUGAAGAGGUGGUUGAGCUGUAUGAAUGGCAAAUCGCCAGAAGCGAUCACAACCGGCUAUUCAGAUGUCAUCGCAGAGGCCAUGGCUGAGGUGUUUCCAAAUGCAAGGCACCGCUUCUGCUUUUGGCAUAUCUUGAAGAAGCUACUUGAAAACGUGGGACGCACACAUGAGAAAGAGGCAAUUUCCUCAAGGUUCAAGGAGGUUGUAUAUGAUAGCGUCACUCUUACCGACUUUGAAAAAGAGUGGGGAGCAAUGGUCGACCACUAUAAUCUCAAAGACAACGAGUGGUUCUCUGCUUUGUACAGCUGUCGGAAGCAGUGGGCACCUGGGUAUGUCAAUCAUUCAUUCUGGGCUGGCACCUCUGCUAUCAGGAAGGCUGAAAAAACUGAUCCAUACUUUGAUAGUGUUGUGAGUAAAACCACCCUUUCAGUUUUCCUUGAGCAAUAUGAGACUACUCUGAAAGAGAAGUUGGAAAGGGAAGCAUAUGAUGAUUUGCGCUCAUACUAUUCUAGACUCAUUUUGUUGUCGGGAUUGCCCUUUGAGGAGCAGCUUGUGGAGCUCUACACAGUAACCAUGUUUCAAACGUUCCAAGAUGAGAUUAAGCAAUUGAUGCAUGUUAUUUGUAAAGAGGUAGACAGAAGUGGGAACUCAAUUACUUACAUGUACAUCCUGAACCGCUGGAGGAAGGAUUUUAGGAUACUUAAUUCAUCUGCAAAUGCUAAUUUUAUGGAAUCAGAUAGGAAUCUGGGUAUUUAUGAUGACCUCUAUUUUCGUGGCCAUGAGUAUUUUGAAGAUGUCAUUGACAUUGGAGCAAGAGAACCUGAGCUGAAGGAGUUUGUGUUGUCAGCCAUGAAGGAAGCAAAGGACAGACUGAUUAGGCCUGAUCACAGCCAGCAAGUUGAUCAACGGGUUGAUGUAAAUAUGACUGUGACUGGGGAUAGAAGGGUUGAUGUGGACAUAGCACCAAAUGCGCCAGCCUUAGUCCAUGGUGAUACCACGACAUCAAAUGCCACUGCCCUGAUUCAUAGGGACAGAAGAGUAGAGAUGAAAAUGCCUACAACUCACCUUAUUCAUGGAGAGGGAAGACUUGACAUGAACAUGGCAUCUCCUCACUUGAUGCAGAGGGAAAGGAGAGUGGACAUGAACAUGGCGUCACCUCACCUGAUACAGGGGGACAGAAGAGUUGAUAUGAACUUGGCAUCACCCCAUUUUAUACACAGUGACAGAAGAGUUGAUAUGAACCUGGCAUCGCCGCAUUUGAUACAUGUGGACAGAAGGGUUGAUAUGAACAUGGCAUCCCCUCACCUGAUGCAGGGCGACGCCAGAGUGGAUAUGAAUAUGGUAUCAACUUCUCAGAAUGGGAUGCACACUUUUGAUUUGGUGAAUAUAAACCUGGAGAGUGGCUCUUUGCCGAUGGCCGCAACAGAUUUUAUGCAAAUGCAUCCACACCCAGCAGUUUACCAUCCCAAACAACUUCUUGAUAUGAGAGAUCAGGUGAUGGAUGCAAAUAAGAGACCAAAUAUGGAAACUAACACUUAUUUUAUAGGAGGUGGCAUGCAUGUGGGGUAA